UCCCGCUUCCCAUAGGCUGGCUGGCACGAACACAAGCGCACACACGCAACGCACACGCAGGAAUCAGUCGCUUGAUUGAUGAGAGCCGGCGCCCCAUGGUGCUGCCCCCUUAAGAUGUGAAAGAGGACGUCAGUUAAAUAGGGAGGAUCCGGGUGGCAGAAUCACCUUCGCGUUCAGAUGGUUUUGUCACUUGGGCUUCAGCAUCGGGGAUGGGGAAGAGCAGCACGGACGGCCGAUCGGGGAAGGAAGUGACAGGAUUACUACUCCUGUCUGUCUUUGCAGCAGUGCUUGGCUCACUACAAUUUGGCUAUGGACUCGGCGUUAUCAAUGCACCCCAGACGAUUAUUGAGAAACAUUAUGCUCACAUCCUCAACAUUGACCAGAAUGAAACAAUGGCUGGCAAUCUCACACAAUCAUCCAACCCAGUCAAAGAUCAAAGAAUCAUCAUUUAUUGGACUGUAUCUGUCUCCAUCUUCUGUAUCGGUGGAAUGUUUUCUUCAUUCUUUGUUGGAUGUCUAGCAGACAGGCUGGGCAGACUGAAAGCUAUGUUAGCCAUAAAUAUCCUUGCAAUAGUUGGUGCUCUUCUCAUGGGAUUAGCCAAAUUUGGCCUAUCGCACAUCCUCAUCAUUGUAGGACGGGCUAUCACUGGAAUUUACUGUGGGCUGACUUCAGGGUUGGUGCCCAUGUAUGUUGGAGAGAUCUCACCUACCAGACUGCGAGGGGCCCUGGGCACCAUGCACCAAUUGGCCAUCGUCACGGGUAUCCUCCUCAGCCAGGUGCUUGGCUUGACGUUCCUGCUAGGUAAUGAUCGAUUGUGGCCUGCAAUUCUUGGCCUUUCAGGUGUGCCAGCCAUUCUACAGACCAUCCUGCUGCCCUUCUGUCCUGAGAGUCCUCGCUACCUGUACAUAAAACUUGGAAAAGAAGAAGCAGCAAGGGAAAGUUUGAAAAGAUUACUGCAGAUAUCUGACACUGACAAAUACAUCGAAGAGAUGAAGAAGGAGAAGGAGAAAAUCCAGAAAGAGAAGAAAGUGUCCAUAGCACAGUUGCUCUGCUCUUCCAGCUACAGACAGCCCCUUACCAUUGCCUUGAUGCUACACAUAGCCCAGCAAUUAUCUGGAAUUAACGCAAUAUUCUACUAUUCCACAUCUAUUUUCAGACAGGCUGAUUUAUCACACCCGGUGUAUGCCACCAUCGGGGUUGGAGUGGUCAACAUUAUCUUCACUUUGGUUUCAGUUUUCCUGGUGGAGCAUGCUGGCCGUCGAUCUCUCUACAUAAUAGGCCUGGCAGGGAUGUGCUGCUGUGCAUUUCUAAUGACAAUUGGACUGGUUUUCCAGCACAACUUCACCUGGAUGAGAUACCUGAGCAUGUCAGCUAUCUUUAUCUUCGUAGCCUUCUUCGAGAUUGGACCAGGCCCGAUCCCUUGGUUUAUCGUAGCAGAGUUAUUUAGCCAAGGGGCACGGCCAGCUGCUAUAACGAUUGCGGGUUUCUGCAAUUGGACCUGUAAUUUCUUUGUGGGAAUGUGCUUCCCAUACAUUGCGGAACUGUGUGGCCCAUAUGUAUUUGUCAUUUUUGCUGGGCUUCUCUUUGGUUUCACCCUGUUCACACACUUCAGAGUACCCGAGACAAAAGGCAAGACAUUUGAACAGAUUGUGCAAGGAUUCCGACAACAGAAAUCUACAGCAGAACAAUUCAAAGCUUCUGCUACUGAGCUGGAACAUUUGGGCAGUGCAGAGGCCUAAUGGAUGCACAAAGGGAAAAGGUCAGAAUCUGAAACUUUCUUCUGUGCAAAUUGAUGUGAAAGGAUUCAAACUGAGACUGAAAGAGGAACCAUGUAAUGUGAUAUACCAGUACCUUUAGGAAAACAUGUUGGAAAAUUGCUGUGCCUCUUCCCUAUCUUCAACAGUUGGAUGAAACCAGAACCAUCGACAGUGCAUACUGGUAUUGUAUGAAGAAUGACUAAGUGAAUGCAUUUAGUAAAGCAGAUUUUCUAGUACAAGCUGGUUCAAGUCUGGGCUAGAUCCUGGUGUAAAUUGGAUCCCAGCAUGGCCUGUAGUGCUUCUUUUUUCCUUUGCUCUAAUGCUUGCAUGGAGUUAGACAACCAAGAUCAAUCUACUAAUCAUCCAUGAUUAGUCUUAAAUUUCUGGUGAUUCCAGGUUAAUUCCUAGAUGUGGUGUGAAUUGCCCUGGAGGAACAUCAUCAAUUUCUUUUUCUCUCUGUUUUCCUUGAAUAGUUUUACUUGAAAACAUUUGGAGAUGGGGAGAAACAAAAUAUCCUUUUGACUGACAGUUGAAUAUUAACCAAUUCCCUAGUGACAACCAUCAAUGAAAUUAGGGCGCAAUAAUAAUUGUGCUAAGGAACAACAGUUUAAGAUUGCUCUGUGUGGAAUUAGUCAAUGAAUACUUGUUUAACUGAAGCUAAUUGACCAAUUGUCCUAAAACAGAAAUUAACCCCAUUUAUGUUCAAUAUAUCAGCAACAUAUGUUAAAAUAACAGAACCACUUCAGACAAACUGAUAAAGAUUUUGGAAAUAGAAUAUAACUUUUUUGUGGGGGGAGGGGAAAGAGAAAGGUAAAAAUGAAAUGGUGCCUAUUGUGCACUCUGCCUGACCUUUGUUUCAUUGAUUUUUAAUGCAAAGGGUGAUGGUGACAUGAUUGUAUGAAGGACACAUGAUGAUUCACUGCCACACAAAUUAUGGCUUUCCCUACUUCCUUUAAUUGAAUGCCAUGUUUUUUAGUGUGUUAUUGCCAUGCAGCUUUAAGGUUACCAUUGGUUACACAACAGUGUUCUCAAAUCUUGUCAAGAGGAAUAUUAGCAAGGAUUUUGUGGUUUUAAUGAUACCAUCAUUAGCUUAUGAAACUGCCAGAAACUUCUGCCAUCCACAAAUGCACAGUUAAAUGUGGAAAUCCAGAAAUUGCUAUUUUUUUGCUGUUCUGUAAGUGUCUUGACAAUCUUUCAAAAUCACUGAUGAAAAUUGUACUAUCUAAGUUGUAAUCUUGCUGUUAACAAUCCACAAGAAGUUACACCUCAUUAGUGAGGUUUUUCACAGGUUUUUAACAGUGUAUUUCAUUACAACCAAAGUGGAAAAGCUCAGCAGUUCUGGAAAAACUCAGUUGUACAGAGAAAGUAGAGUUAAGGUUGUGCAUCCAGUCUCCCUUCUUCAGAAGGAUGCACAAUGUUAACUCUGCUUUCUCUGCAUAGAUGCUGCUAAACCUGUUGAGUUCCUCCAACAAUUCAUGUUUUUGUUCUAGCAUCUGCAGGUUUUUUUUGGUUUUUUUUAAAUUUAGUCACAACCACUGCUGAACAAUCAAAACUAAUUUUAUAAUUGUGUAGAGUAAGAAGUUUCCAUUUUGACAAAAGAAAUCCAUAAUUUUAGAAUAGUAUUUUAAAAUAAUUUUAAAAAGUGAAGGAUAAUCAGUAUAUUCUAUUUCUUAGUUUGCUACCUUUGAGAAUACUUCAAUGUUGUCAGUUUGCUUCCUCUUACUCGAUUAUAUCACAAUUGCUGGAUGCCUGGAGAUACCCUAAACUUAAUGCCAAAUUCAAAUCAAUAUUAAGAAAGGGGAAUUCACCAUCUGAGAUAAUGUUGGAACCCUGUGAGCUUGGUUUUCAUCAAGAUCAGCAAACAGAAUAAUCAAUUCUCCAGUGAUCUGAAGAGCAAUUAUUUUGCACAAAUUUAGGCUAUUUAAGCAAUGCGCAUUGCUUCUCCCCACCUCCUACUUGUAGUCCUUCUGUUAUGGUUUGAAAGGGAGGUGACAGUGCACUGCAGGUCUCUGGAGGAGAUCAGGGGUGGAGAAGUACUUGCAUACUAUUGCUAAGUUAAAUAAUUUGCCUGUAAUUGUUCAUUUCUUUGAAAAUAACUUUUGCGUGACUGCUGAAAUAUUGAAAUGGCAGAACUGAGGAUUGAACUGAAUUUUCCAUCUGGUGGUUUGCUGGCACACCAGCUUCUGUGGAAGCAACAAUAGAGACAUUCAUUGAUUCUGUCCUCUAGGUGAUGGACUUUGCAUCAGUCACCAACCCUGAACCCAUCAGCCAUCGGUGCUCCCAUCCAAUCAUUUGCCUCUGAGAGCCAUUUUAGAUUAAUUUGGCAACCUCUCAUUCCUGAUCUCAAAACACUCAUAAGGAACAUAGCAUGGAGCUGGAUUGGAGAGGGAUGGGCAGGCUGAGUAUGUGAUCAAAGCAUUAGCCCUCGGUUUCUUGGAUGUUGUGAUCCGGAAGCAAUGAUGUAGAACUAUGCACACCAACUAUUCAUGGAAACCAAUCCAUGGAGCAACGUAUCACUCACUGCCUGUCUUUCAGCAAAUGUCAUCUGCUAAGCAGAGAUUUGUAAUGUUUGAGGAUGGAUUUACGUCCCAUUAACACAUCUAGUGCUAUUUUUAAAACAGACUAAUGUACAAUUUAUAACAGUAAGUUAACAGAUUAAACAGUUGGUUACCGGAA